AUGGCCUCAUUGCUUUGCAUCGAUUUUCGAAACCACAAAAACCGACCAAAGCUCUGGACGAAUGCCAUUAUUACAACCUUGAUGCUGAUUCUUGGAACCUAUUCAAUGCUUCACAACAUUCGAACAAGUCUCAGUGUGAAACAUAUAACCGCUGAAAUUUCGGCGCAGCUCCUUGUAAUCCUCUGGGCAUUUCAAUCCAUCAUUUCGCUAAUGUUUUUCAUUUAUUGGCAAUUUUUUGGCCAUCUUUCGACGUUUCGCCACAAAUUGAGACAAUGUCAAAACUAUGAAGGACUGCUCAGCGAGAGAGCAAAACACGCUGUUAGGCAGAGCAAUUUCUAUUUUUAUUUCAUAAUUCUAUCAAUUUGCUUCAUUAAUACAGCGUUUUCUAUCAAAUACUAUACAGAAUCGCAACAUUCAGAGUUCAAGAAAAAACAAGCAACGAUGUUUUAUUAUUCCGAGCUCCGUCCAAUCUAUGCUGCGGUUACGACGUAUUUAUACCUAGUUUGGAAUAUUACUUUAUUUGUGAUGAUUCAUUAUACAAAUGCCACGUAUCACGAAGUAUGCUACUUCAAUAAAUGCAUUGAUGAGUUUGAUGGAAAUACUGAGGAGACUAAUCAGCAAUUGUUGCAUUAUCUCGAAACUUAUAGUAAGCUGUGCUCCGUUAUUCGUUUUCUAGACCAGAUAUUUCGGUUAUACGCGUUCAUAAUGAUCGUAAUAACCGUACCAUCGAUGAUUCUCACCUUAAUGAUGUUAAAUCAUCGAAUUCACAGUAUCAAGGAUUUUCUAGUAUGCUUUCCAACGAUUGCAUUAUGUGUGUUCAGUUUUUUCGCGGUGACAAUUGCUCCAGCAAGGCUUCAUGACGAGAUAUGUAGAUCAAAGGGUUUUUUGUGUCAAAACAGAUCAGUUUGGUUUCCCUACCGGAAGGAAACUUACAUAAUUGCAAAUACCUUGACCUCUCAUAUGGAACAAUUCGACUUGGGAGUUUCUGUAUGGGGAUUUGCGCUCCUUUCAAGACCUUUAAUACUUGGAACACUCUCAGUUACUAUGAUGAUGCUCGGCUUAAUAAUCGAAGUGGCGCCAAAAACCGACCUGCUUCAAUGA